AUGGCUCCAGGCCGCCGCCGCGCUGGCCGGUCAACCGCUCGCCGAGGAUCCCGCGCUCGUCGCCGAGCCCCGAGAGCGUCCGCCGCAACUCGGCGACGCGGGCCUCGCAGCCACAAGGGCCGCCAACUCCGGGCCCUCAUGCAACGCGCGGAAGAAGACGUCUUCGAAGUGCCUCUUGCGCACGAGAUUCCCGAUCGCUACACUGCGCAGAACUUGUCCCGGUACGUCAGCCGCGCCGCCAUUGCGCAAAUUUGCGCUUCUCAAGACGGCCAAACGCACCAGAUUCUCCAAAUGAUUGGCUCUCACCUCCUCGUGGCCGAGGACGCCGUCCGCGUCCACGGCAUGUGGAGAAAGGUAUUUUACCGCUCCCGACCAUCCCUACACACCGCCAUCCUCAGGACGUGCCAAUCCCUCUACCAAGAGCUCGUCCCCAUCCUCUACGGCCACAAUACCUUUGAGUACGUCCUGCGCGACCCGCCCCGCAUCCAAAACAGCCAAAUACUCAACGGCGCCAGCACCGGCGCCACUGCGGCCCUAAGCUCCGUCUACCUUACGCAGCCUUCCAGCAGCCACCCCCGGGAGCUGAAACCAUCAAUGGGGACGGUGGCCCUGUAG